AGUUUGAUGGAGAGCUGGUCGGAUGACAGCUGGAACUGUUGUCAUAACCGGAGGAAUACUGGCCACCGUGAUACUUCUGUGUAUCAUAGCUGUGCUCUGUUACUGUAGACUCCAGUACUACUGCUGUAAGAAGAAUGGGUCUGACAGCGCCUCCAUCUCUCAGCAACACUUUGCCUGCAACGCCUGCAGUGUCUCCGGCCUGGACGGGUCGAUCGUCACCCCACUGUCCAUGUCGCCACCAGAGCCGCCUGGAUCCUCCAACCCCACCAAACCCACAGGGGGGCAACGCAGUUACUGCCCCACCUGCUCACCAUAUGACUCGCCCUUCUACAUCCGUACCACUGAUGAGAUGCGCAACGGUGGUGAGCGUAUCACCUACAUGCCCACACACUAUGAUAACCAGGCGCUGGCGAUGCCGCUGCCCACCAUCCGAGGCUCCCUGCUGAGGGAGACCCGGGGCCGGCCUCCUGAUUUCUACACUAACACCCGAGCCAUCAGCACCGAGGUGUGACCACCCCAACACCACCUAUACACACAGAGACUCUACUGUCUUCACUUACACACACAGGAGCACCACCACAUUUAUUUAGGGCCAGGGGUUCGGGGGGAUUUAAGUGAGGAUUGUCUAAGCUAACUGCUGAAGUGUGUGACAAGCAGGGAUCACUUUCAAACCUGGUUCAUCACUUUAUACCCUUAAAUUUUAGGUUUUCAUGUUCACAAAGAUAAUAAUUCUGUAAUUGAUGGUAGAUACAACUGUAGCUGUAAGGUUUCUUGUAAGAAAAUGUGUUUAUGCUCCCACAUGAAGGAUAUGGUUGUAAACUUGUAAACUGUCUGUUGACUGUUAUUGUGUCUUUACUGACUGAGGGCUCUCUUAGAUCAUUUAUGAUUUUCCCUUGCUACACAUCUUCCUAAAAGACAAAAAAUUUGUAUAAUGAAAUAUGUAGUAAAUAUUAAGCAAUUUUGUCAUGAUAAGCAGAAUGGAGACUGAAAUACAUUUCAAAAGAGGCAAAAGAAGGAAACGUCAAUAUCCCCUCUGCAGUUUUCUGGAUCUCUGGAAGCAUGCUUGAGUUAAAGGAAAGGUGUAAGAGGAUGGACGAAUGGCGCUUUGUCUAUGCAAGCUGUCUGGCAAACUAAUGCAGCUCUUCAUCUCCAGUCAUCUCCUUUUAGCAGUUUUUGGCUCAUCAUGUGACUUUACUGGAGGAAUAUUGUAAGCACGGUGCACACCCAGUGAGAUAUUACAAAACUGUACCUGUAGAUAGACAUACAAGCAUUUAAAACUGGAUCAUGGAUACAGUAGUUCAAAACCUCUUGGGUUGCCAGGUCCACACUGAACCAUCACUUUCUCCCCUAUGUAAACCUGUGAACGAGCAAGGAUGCCUGUGCCCUUGAACGCAACAGUAGUAAGCUUGAAAUUAAUGAGCAAAUUUCUGUUUUGACAGUGAUGCAAAAAGUUUGAUAUGUAAAUAAUAACCAGAAAGCAAUGAACGCAUCUCUUGAUCCCAUUGUGUUAUUGAUGGAGAGAAAGAGAUGCACCAUGGGAUUUGAACAUGAUGUAUUUUGAAAGAGGGAGUGUGAUUUACUAGUUUGUGCUCUUUUGUCUACACACUCCUCCUAUACUACUCUCAUGUUGAAUCUCUGAAAAGCAAAUAACCAUGUCAUUUAUUUGAGGAUGUUAGAAUACACAUUUAUGUGGUUAAAAAAAGUUUCACAGUGCCCAUUUUCUACAUGACACUUACCCAGCAUUGCUUGCCAUACACAAUAAUAUUUCCUGUGAUAUUUGUCUUUAUAUUUCUGUGUACAGCAGGAUUCAGCGAGGCUAAACAAGCAGUGCAAGAAACCUUAAGGACUUGCAUGAUGUGACAGUGUUGGAUAAUUUUGCAAGAUUUUCAGACAGGCCUAGUGUUAUCAUUCAAGCAUUAAACGAAAAUGCUCUUGCCAACUUUUUUUCAGCAGUGCAUAUAACAUAAUUACACUUCAUUGAUCAGCAGCUACUUCAUUUAUUUCUCAAUUACUUUUUCAUUAAGGUUAAAUAGAUGCCAAAUGCAGUCAUUACACUGUCCAUCUUGAAACUUCUCAAGACCAUUUUACACAAGAAUUGUGGGUUUUCUCUGGAUUAACUUAAAAGGGCAAAUAAAUGUACAGAGGUCUGGCAAAAUGAAAGUUCAUCACUAAAGAUUGACAGGUUUGAUUUUUGGAAAACUGGUGAAAUCUGGCCAGAAAAAUCUGUGCUGGAAUCUCUGAAGAGGAAAUAAAACCAUGUUUCUCCAUGUUGUUGUCCACUACCACAGAUAAGGAUUUAUUGUCAUCAUUCAUUUAUUUAGGUAUUGUAUUAACUAUAUAUUUUACUACUUACUUAACUACUUAUCUUUGAAAAUGGAAAAAAGCUUUUUAGAAAUGUGGUUAAAACAGAUAUCGUACCUGAUGAAUACAGAAACAGUAAUAUUUGACAGUGUUAACUUUUGACAAUUAAAGAUUUGUAACUGCUUGAAA